UCUGUAGUAUGCGAGUUGACAAAACAGCCAAAGAACGGGGAUCCCCAGUACAGUCUCCUUCGAGCUCUUUUUCCUUGCUACUUGGAGCUGAUUUAUGCGGAAACAUGCCUUGCACUUGUACGUGGAGGAACUGGAGGCAGUGGAUUCGACCUUUAGCGGUGGUCAUCUACCUGGUGUCCAUAGUGGUUGCGGUUCCUCUGUGCGUGUGGGAAUUACAGAAGCUGGAGGUUGGAAUACACACCAAGGCUUGGUUUAUUGCUGGAAUCUUUUUGCUGUUGACUAUACCUAUAUCUCUCUGGGUGAUAUUACAACAUUUAGUACAUUAUACACAACCAGAACUACAGAAACCAAUAAUAAGGAUUCUUUGGAUGGUACCCAUAUACAGUUUAGAUAGUUGGAUAGCUUUGAAAUAUCCCAGCAUUGCAAUAUAUGUGGAUACCUGCAGAGAAUGUUAUGAAGCUUAUGUCAUUUACAACUUCAUGGGAUUCCUUACCAAUUAUCUAACUAACCGGUAUCCAAAUCUGGUAUUAAUCCUUGAAGCCAAAGAUCAGCAGAAACAUUUCCCUCCUUUGUGUUGCUGUCCACCAUGGACUAUGGGAGAAGUAUUGCUGUUUAGGUGCAAACUGGGUGUACUGCAGUAUACAGUGGUCAGACCAUUCACCACCAUUGUUGCUUUAAUUUGUGAACUACUUGGUAUAUAUGAUGAAGGGAACUUCAGCUUUUCAAAUGCUUGGACUUACUUAGUUAUAAUAAACAACAUGUCACAACUGUUUGCCAUGUAUUGUCUACUCCUAUUUUAUAAAGUACUGAAGGAAGAACUGAGUCCAAUCCAACCUGUUGGCAAAUUUCUUUGUGUAAAACUGGUGGUUUUUGUUUCUUUUUGGCAAGCAGUAGUUAUUGCUUUGUUGGUAAAAGUUGGCGUUAUUUCUGAAAAGCAUACAUGGGAAUGGCAAACUGUAGAAGCUGUGGCUACAGGACUCCAGGACUUUAUCAUCUGUAUUGAGAUGUUCCUUGCUGCUAUUGCUCAUCACUACACUUUCUCAUAUAAACCAUAUGUCCAAGAAGCAGAAGAGGGUUCAUGCUUUGAUUCCUUUCUUGCCAUGUGGGAUGUUUCAGAUAUUAGGGAUGAUAUUUCUGAACAAGUAAGGCAUGUUGGAAGGACAGUCAUGGGACAUCCUAGGAAAAAGUUUUUUCCUGAAGAUCAAGAUCAAAAUGAACAUACAAGCUUGUUAUCCUCGUCAUCACAAGAUGCAGUUUCUGUUGCCUCUUCUGUACCACCUUCACCCAUGGGUCACUACCAAGGGUUUGGACACACUGUGACUCCCCAGACUACACCUACUACAGCUAAUAUAGCUGAUGAAAUAUGUAAUGACACUACAGAAGAGAAAAAAGAACUUAUAGACAAAUCCGUGGCCUCCUGAACAGUGUGCAAAAGCAAACUGCUCCUCCUACCAUGUUAUUUCAUUACCUGGUAUCACAUUGCUCAGGAUUUUGUCCUUGGGACAAACCAUAAAUGAUGGAAAAUUUCAACACUAAGAAGGUGAAAGCCAGGUACAACUACUGGAUUUAUAUAACUGAGUUUUGUAAAUCACAAAUAAUCAGUCUAAAUAUCCUAGACUUAGACUUGAUUUCUUAACAUUAGAGUAUCACAUACUCAAAUGGUAGAAAAUGACUCUACUAAAUGUUCCUAACAUUACAUUGCUUUAUCAAGAGGAUGGACAUUAAAAAAAAAAAAAAAAUCAAUGCUUCCUACCACUGAUGCAUGAAUAUAAUGCUCUGGAUUUAGCAGAAAGUGUAAUUUGGAAAUAUGAAUUAGUGGAACUUAAUCAUGUGCCAUAUAUGCCUACCUAACAAUUAUUUCUCUAUUUCUCAACUGGAUGUCUUUCAAUAAAUAAGAAUUUAUCAUUUA